GCAAAGAUAUUUCUGGUGGAAUAUCAAAUGCUAACUUUAUGGGAGUAAUCACUAGAAAAUCUUGUGUUUCAAAUGGAGCAAAUAUAUCCCUAAGGCUACUUGCUCAUUUUAUAUGCUAUUACUGCUUGUAAUGGAAUGUGGAUUUGAAUAUAAUCUACUGUUUGUGCUUUCACCCCUUAUUGAACUCAUUAAGUGAAUAAAAUUUGCAAGAAUUUCUCAGAAUGCGCUGAAGCAAGCAAAGAUAAGCUAGCUUGUAAAACUAAUCCAUCAUGCAAAUGGACUGAAAACUUAACAGGAACAUCUUGUGAACUGAUUGUCAACCAAUUCCAAGCUUUGAUGGAACUUUAUCUACUGUUUGUGUUCUUUAAAUUGGAAAAUAUCCUGCUGCUUACCCAGAAAUCAUGACAGAUUUCAAAAUGUGUCCAUCC